GGUGGGGCGCGCAGGCGCAGUGCGUCCGAGCGGUGGCCAUGGAGCAGGGCCCUUCGGAGUCCGAGCGGCAGCUCCAGCCGGCGCCCGUCGAGCCGCUGUGCCCGGCCUCCGCGGGCCCGGGGAGUGAGGGCGGCGAGGGAGCUGCGGGGCCCCCCGUCGGGCGUCCGGGAGCCGGCGCGAUGACAGAAAAUAAUUUUGGGUUAAAGAAGAUUGAAAUUAGUGUUUCAGAAGCAGAAAAGCGAACUGGAAGAAAUGCUAUGAAUAUGCAAGAGACGUAUACUGCUUACCUCAUUGAAACAAGGUCAGUUGAACAUCUUGAUGGCCAGAGUGUCCUAACUGACUCACUUUGGAGGCGGUAUAGUGAAUUUGAAUUGUUGAGAAACUACCUUUUAGUUUACUAUCCACAUGUUGUUGUUCCACCUCUACCAGAAAAAAGGGCAGAAUUUGUUUGGCAUAAACUUUCUGCUGACAACAUGGACCCGGAUUUUGUGGAAAGACGACGGAUUGGUUUAGAAAACUUUCUCUUGAGAGUUGCUUCCCAUCCCAUUCUUUGUAGAGACAAAAUCUUCUAUUUGUUUUUAACACAGGAAGGCAACUGGAAAGAGACGGUGAAUGAAACUGGGUUUCAGCUGAAGGCAGACUCCAGGUUAAAAGCGCUUAAUGCAACAUUCAGAGUGAAAAACCCAGACAAGAGGUUUACUGAACUGAAACACUACAGUGAUGAACUGCAGUCUGUCAUCUCGCAUCUUCUUCGAGUCAGAGCUAGAGUAGCAGAUCGUCUCUAUGGUGUAUAUAAAGUACAUGGAAAUUAUGGGCGAGUUUUCAGUGAAUGGAGUGCCAUAGAAAAGGAAAUGGGGGAUGGAUUGCAGAGUGCUGGCCAUCAUAUGGAUGUGUAUGCAUCUUCUAUUGAUGAUAUUUUGGAAGAUGAAGAACAUUAUGCAGAUCAGUUGAAAGAGUAUCUUUUCUAUGCAGAAGCACUGAGGGCUGUGUGCAGGAAGCAUGAACUUAUGCAGUAUGAUUUGGAAAUGGCUGCUCAGGAUUUAGCAUCCAAGAAGCAACAAUGUGAGGAACUGACAACUGGGACUGUGAGAACAUUUUCUCUGAAGGGAAUGACUAACAAGCUCUUUGGUCAAGAAACUCCAGAGCAGAGAGAAGCCAGAAUAAAGGUGCUAGAAGAGCAGAUCGGUGAAGGAGAACAGCAGCUGAAGUCUAAAAACUUGGAAGGCAGAGAAUUUGUGAAAAAUGCCUGGGCUGAUAUUGAACGCUUCAAAGAGCAGAAGAACCGUGACUUAAAGGAGGCUCUCAUAAGUUAUGCAGUCAUGCAGAUCAGUAUGUGCAAAAAGAAUGUCUCCUGGUGCUAAAUAUAGUACUUUAACUUCUUAAAGAUGUGCUAUAACCAAAAUAUCAAUUACUGAGAUUCCACUCAUCUAUAAGAUCCACAUUUGUAUGACCCAUUAAUAAAUUAUCUUUGAAAAUACAUACUGAUAACUUUUCUUUGACCACAUGUGUUCUUCUAGAGGGCAAUAUGUGCUCUUCUUUUGUUAGGGGAUGUUUUGGAUUUGGAGUUUUGGGGCCACACCUGAUUGUGCCCAGGUUCUGUGCUCAUCUGUCAUGCUCAGGGAUGAUUCCAGACAGGGAUCAGGUCAUAUGUGGUGCCAAGGAUCUAACCAGAAAUGACUGUCAUGCAUUCAAGGCAAGCACCUUACUAUCUGUAAACACCAUGUACUAUCUCUCGAGCCCCAAAUCUAUUUUUAAGAGGGAUGCAUUCUAUAAUUGGAAAAUAGCUGAAGCAUGAUUUUGGGAAAAUGCUUUAUUUGGGAAAAAGACUUGUUUUCAGAGUAAAUUCUUCACGUAACUGAUACCCAUAGUUAAAGAUAAUGAACAUUGAAACUAGUCUGGCUACAAAAUGGUGGGAGUCUUACCAGGCAGUGUACAUAUAAGUGCUGACGUUGUGUGGUAGAAGUUCCAUGGGUCCCUGUUUCUGUGCUGCUGCCGUCUGUUUGACUCCUGCUUCCUGCCUCUGCUGGUGUGCUCCACACUAACAGUCUCUCUCUCACCUGCUUUCCUUAGUCACUGGGAGUCUGAAAGGUCAGGUAACAAAUUUUUUAGAAUUGGUUGUGGGUUUUUUUGAGUUAUUUUUUUCUGUUGCUUUACUAUGCAAGGCAUAUGCUUCUUCUGAUUUUUUUCUGUUUCUUUUCUAAAGUAAAAUGCAGACUACAGACCUUAUAAUGUCUUAAAUGACUUUUUCCUUGCUCUGCUUGAAGGUGGGGUGCUUGAAGGUGAUAGGAGUUAAUCUCUGAAUAAAAGUGACAUUCUCUAGGCAUAUUUGAAUCCAAUGUCGCAGGGCUGGAAAGAUAAUCCAGGAAUUAAGGCACUUGCUCUGAACUCUGGUUCAAUCCCAGCACUGCCAGAAGUGGAUCCUGAGCACAGCCAGGAGUAGCCCUGAGUCACAGCUUGGUCUGACUUACUGGUAUAUGACCUACGUGUAUCCUAAGGUAGUAAUCUUAGUAAACAAGUUUACACAUACAUGCUGUUAGUUAAAAUAUAUGUUCGCUUCUGGAUUAUUUUGUAGGGGCCAGAGGGGAAGGAUCUCCCAAGCAAUGCUCAAGUGGUCUAGGGUCACUCCGUGCUAUGCUGCUAGCUGAGCCAAUGAGUCAGUGCCCAGAGAGCACACAGUGCUGGUUUCACUCUCAGGGCUCGGCAGAAGCAAGACAUGUCCUCUCUUUGAGCUGCUUCCUUAAUCCCUAUUUGUUCACUCUUAUUGCCCCAAAACAGUGCUAUAAAAAUCUCCUGUUUAAUGUUCUCCUCUGAGUGGAAUAGAUUGGGGCAGGAGCCCAGCGGUGACCAAGAUCAAGCCCACUAC